AGAAGGGAGCCGGGGGAGUAAUUUCACUAGGCAAUAUCAUGAUUCUAUCAAAACUUGAAGACGGGAUGGGGGACACAACAAACAGUAUCAGCAAUCGAUAUGCCAAGCUCUUAGAGGGUUCUUGGUUGACCCAAUUCUGCCAUGGAUCUAAUCCUUGGAUGGCUAGAUACGUCUACAGCGUGAUGUUUCUUUUAUCAAAUUUGCUUGCGUGGGCAGUUCGCGACUAUGGACCUAGUGCCUUGACUGAAAUGAAGAGAUUGAAAAGUUGCCAAGGUGGCAAAGACUGUUUAGGCACAGAAGGAGUUCUGAGGGUGAGCAUGGGAUGUUUUAUAUUCUACUUCACAAUGUUUCUUUCAACUGCUGGUACCUCCAAGUUGCAUGGAAGAAAAGAAUUAUGGCAUUCUGGUUGGUGGUCUGCCAAGGUUUUCCUUAUGAUUGCACUACUCGUGUUGCCAUUUUUUCUUCCCACAGAGAUGAUUUUGAUAUAUGGGGAUGUUGCACAUUUCGGUGCAGGGGUCUUUUUGCUAAUUCAGCUAAUCAGUAUAAUUAGCUUCAUUACAUGGCUGAAUGAUUGUUGUUUGUCAGAAAAAUAUGCUGCAAGAUGCCACAUCCAUUCCAUGCUGCUUGCAACAAGUGCAUACAUCGUGUCGAUUUUGGGGAUCAUUUUGAUGUACAUUUGGUACACACCACAACCAAGUUGCCUGCUCAACAUUUUCUUCAUCACAUGGACACUUGUACUCCUACAACUUAUGACUAGUGUCUCUCUUCACCCAAAAAUUAGCGCGGGAUUCUUGACUCCUGGUUUUAUGGGACUCUACGUCGUGUUUCUAUGCUGGUCCGCGAUUAGAAGUGAACCACCAGAUGAUAAAUGUCUCAGGUCAUCCGAAGCCUCAAGAGACUGGUUAUCUAUCAUAAGCUUUGUUGUUGCUGUACUUGCAAUUGUUAUUGCAACAUUUUCAACAGGAAUUGAUUCUAAAUGCUUUCAGUUCAAAAAGGAAGAGACACAGGAUGAAAACGACGUGCCAUAUGGCUUUGGAUUCUUCCAUCUUGUUUUCGCUACUGGAGCCAUGUACUUUGCAAUGUUGUUGACUGGCUGGAAUUAUCACCACCCCAUGAAAAAGUGGAGUAUUGAUGUUGGUUGGACGAGUACUUGGGUCAGAAUAGUGAACGAGUGGCUUGCAGUUUGUGUUUACUUGUGGAUGCUAAUAGCGCCAAUGGUGUGGAAAAACAGACAAGUUGAACAACCCGCAUGA